AUGCCGCCAAAAAAACAGCAACAAUCAGAAAAAUCAAAACAAAAAGAGAAGCAAAAAAUUGUUGAAGACAAAACCUUUGGCCUGAAGAAUAAGAAAAAGUCUGCAAAGGUUCAGCAGCAAAUUAAGCAGAUUCAAAAUCAAGUGAUGACUUCGGGAAAUAGAAAGGUUCAAAAAGAAAAGGAAGCUGAAAAACAAGCACUCGCUGAUAAAAAAGCUGCCGAACAAAAAAAAAAGGAAGAGCUUGCUGAGCUAUUUAAACCGGUUCAGACACAAAAGGUACCGUUUGGCGUAGACCCUAAGACUAUUCUUUGUCAAUUUUUCAAAGGUGGACAAUGUCAAAAGGGGGACAAGUGUAAGUUCUCCCAUGAUGUGAAUGUAGAGAGAAAAGUUCAAAAAAUCGACCUAUAUACUGAUGCAAGAAACGAAGAAGAAAAGAAGGAUGGUAUGAAAGAUUUUAUAGCUUUAUAUUUAUUCAUUUGUCGUUUAGAUACAAUGGAUAAAUGGGACCAAACGAAGCUUGAGCAAGUUGUCACAUCGAAACAUGGAAAUCCAAAAACAACUACAGACAUAGUAUGUAAAUACUUUUUGGAGGCCAUUGAAAAUCAGAAAUAUGGUUGGUUCUGGGAAUGUCCUAAUGGAGAUAUUUAUCUAACUAUAAUUCAUCGACACGUCGUGAAGCGCCAUAACUUGGGCCAAAACCUCACACCUGUCACGCUUGAAAGUUUCGCUGAAUGGAAGAAAAAUCGUAAAGCUAAAUUUGAAGCUGAGGAAGAACUUAAACGUGCUGCAAAAGAAGCUGCUUACAAAGCUGGCAAAGCACAAGGAAUGUCAGGUCGUGAUCUAUUCACGUUUAAUCCUGAUCUUGUCAAUCAUAUUAAUGAUGAUGAUGAUGGCGAUGAGUUCGAUUUAUCUGGAUAUCAGCGUGAUGAUAAUAAUAAUAAUAAAGAGGAUGAAAAAGACGAUGAAAAUCUAGUACAUGGGCAGAAUGAUGAUGAUGAUGGUGAUAAUACUACCUGCGGUGAAGGCAAGAGUAGUGUUGAAAAUGAUGUUUCACACAAAACGGACAAUUCUUCUUCAUUAGUCACUGUGGAUGAUGUUGAAGUUAAAGAGGACCUAUUUGCGGAGGAGAAUUUAGAUGAUUUAGACGACGAUGAUGAAUAA